GGGUCCCUGCUGACCCCUCCCCAUUUUUGGGGGUCCCAUUCUGUUUUUUGGGGGUCCCCACUGACCCCUCCCCAAUUUUGGGGUCCCCAGAUGCCGCUGGCCCGCAGCGUGUCCGUCAGUUCCCUGCCGGGGUUGGAGGAUUGGGGGGGUCCCGGCGCCCCCGAUAACGUCGUGCUGUUCGAGGUGGCGUGGGAGGUGGCCAACAAAGUUGGCGGUAUCUACACGGUGCUGCAGACCAAGGCGCGGGUGACGGCCGAUGAGUGGGGCGAGAGCUACGUCCUGGUGGGGCCCUACGUGGAGAGCGCGGUCAGGACCCAGGUGGAGCUGCUGGAGCCGCCCCAGCCCGCGCUCCGACGGACCCUGGCGGCCAUGAACGCACAGGGGUGUAAGGUAUGGGGUCAGAUAUAGG